GAUACCCGGCCGGGCCAAUCCGAGUUCCGAUGACGGCCUUAUGAUGUGUAUCUCUGUUCCCCCCUUAAAGUCUGCUUAGGUAUGGCACCUACCUGGCUAAUUAGUAGGUUAUGAUCUAUGUAACCUAGGUUAGUACCUGCAUGCAGGCAUUCAUAUCAUCCUAUAACCGCAGUCCUUAUGGACUCACUCGUAGGCAUCGACGCCAAACAGCAAUUAUUACUGGGUAAACAAUAAAUCAAUAUGGCUCAUCAUCAUGCUAUCGAUCGCAAGUCCGUUGGCAGCUUGGACGACAACUUCUACAGUGCACCAUCCAGUCGCGUAGUUAGUCGACAUGUGAGCCUUGCAAUGGCUCCGCGCGAGCUACAAGAGACAAGCCAUGACACAGUGCCGCCACCAGAUUCACUUAUUUCGGCUUCCCUGCCCGGCCAUUCUGCUCCCAUCUUUUCAGGAGCUCAAAGUCCGACGUUGAAGAGUGCAUCAAAGCAAAGAUGGGCCAUUCCGUUUACCAUCCGCCAUCAGCAUAACCCUAAACAUCAUCAUUUCUGUCCGAAGCCGAUAGGUCGCCGUAUACACAGGACCUUUCAUCGCACAUCUGAUACUGUUCCGCUAGUUCAGCCAAUCAUGGACAAAUUAAAUGAAGAAUUCAGCGGCUUCACUUCUCCCAUGAUCUCGUCUCCAGCAUCUCCACUAGCAUUGUACACCAAACCUUCUCAUUCAAAAGGGGCAUAUUCCAACCCCUCGGUCAGCAUCGAUAAGCAAGGAGCAGAUGCCAUUGUUUGCAAUAUUCGGGCUUACUUGUCUAACAAAAGACAUGUCGAUUGUUCGUCGCAGACAGGAAUGUUACGGAUGGAUGAUGAGAAUAAGCCGCCCACACUGAAGUUGCAGAAGGGCGAAAACACUCGUCUACAAAGCCAUAAUAUAGCUGGCGAAACAGCAGUUGAUAGUUACCUGGUAACUACGAACGACAUUGCGGGAAUCCUAGAUAUUGUGAUUGCUAGUCUCCGUCACGUUGACGAGGGCAGCCCAGCCGUUGAAUGCCUUUCGAUGAUGUUGCCAAAAGAAUCGCAGCCGAGGCCGAAACCCAAGUUAAAAGCGAUCAUUCCUGGAUCAGCAACUAUCGCUGAUCCAGCCACAACUAUCAGCUCCGUUCAGCCUUCAUUUAGCUUUGCCGGCUACUCUGGUCGUCAUGAACAACAUCUCGAUAGCCCUAAAACUACGUUCAUUUCUCGGCAAAGUAUCACCGAAGUUUCCUAGAGGCCAAACUCGGGAAGUGCAGCUCGAGAGGCGACCAGAGAGCCGUUCAUGGACGUGUUCGGAUCACUAGAAAUGUCUCGAAAUGUCUCUACGCUUAGUUCGUCACGCGUAGUCUCAGCCCUACCAUCUCCAGAUAAAGGAAUGAGCCCAAGACUUAGUCCUACGCUGGAGGAAUCCGGUCUUUCGCCAAAAUUAAAGCCCCAAGACCAAAGGCGUUCAGUGUCCGAGCCAGUCAGUCCCAGGGCAUCUUUCAGUACCGUCAGAUCUUCGAUGAGCCAUUAUCGAGAUGGGACGAUAACCUGCUUUCCAAGGCUUCUCUCCAGAACGAGUACGAGCGACUGGCUAACCCCACUGGGCCUAUUAAGUGACCCUCA